AUGUAUCACCCGCCGACAGAAAACCAGCCAAACCGGUUAAAUGGCUACAGUCCUGUACCAGUUUAUCCGGCUUAUCCAGUUUAUGGCGAGGUCCCCAUAGACGUAGUCUGUCCGUACUGUCAGACGAGAGUUUUCACCGUCACUACCAAGGAAGAUGGAAACCUCACUUAUGCUGCAGCGAGUCUGCUGUGUUUUAUGGGGUAAGCGAAAGCUUAGAGCAGUUCGAUGUUUCUUUUCUUCUUUGCUUUGUCACUUUUCUUGAGAUGUGUAAUCCGUCCGCCCUUAAAAGAUAGCCCGUUUGAGGCGUUCGUAUAGUGAGGGACGGAGCAAUUCUAAAAUCAAACAAGGAAAACAGAGAGAGAACUCCGCUCUUCAUCUUUCCCUGCUCACUUCUGGCCUAACGCUUGGAACAGGCAAUGAAGUGGAUUCACGUGAAAAUACAACCAUACUGAACCUUUGAACUUAAAGGGGAUUUACACACUUAUUUUUAAGUCGUGUCAAAGAACCGCCUUGUUUGUUUUGCAGUACCUUAAGUCUGUUUUACUUUUUGUUUUUUACGUGUUCGUUGUAUAAGAAUUUGAAAGGGACAUACUCGGGACGUUUCAUAUAUCCAAAAAUCAAAAGUUCACUUCAAUGAUUUAAAAGAGUAAGAUGACGUAAUUCUCUCGGUUCCUUUUGCUUGUGUUUGUGCAGAAUUGCAAGAGAGCUCAAUCUUUCCCCACUAUAACGUUUCUUACCGUCCGUUUAUGGAAUAUUAAAAGAAUAACGGAAAUUAUACUACUACAUGAGAAAUUUCUGCAAUCUGAUUGGCUUAGAGCAGUGGUAUUUCAGCUUAAUUUGAAAUACCUACAUGUGAAAAUUACAAACCUUUUGCGGGUAGUAGUAUAAACAAAUAAUAGCAUGAUUUGUACGUGAUAUUUGGCGUAAAUACCACUCGUGAUAUUUCAAAAUUGUCUCAAAUUUGAAAUUACGUAUAACAAUUUCGAAAUAUCACUCGUGGUAUUUAUGCCAAAGAUCACUACAAAUCAUGCUAUUACCUAUACUAAUGACACAAAUACACUAAUAUAAUUCGAAAAAUUUAUCAGUCAUCCCAAUUUAAUUAUGUAAUGAUAAAAAUGCUUCCAAGAAAAAAAAAAAGCCAGAUUUCACCAGUACGCACGGGCGUAUGUGCGUAUAUGGACGCUACACUCCAGGGAGGUGUCCAUUUGGAUAUUAGAUUUGUUAGCCUCUCUGAGAUGUUUUUCUCCUAAUUCUUAGAAAGACUUUAACAGGGUGUGUGUUUGUGGAAGGGGGCGAUCGGGCAGUCUCCACCCGAAAGCGGUACCUUUUUCAGGCUUCAGGUAUAUAAAAGGGCGAGGAUGUCGCAAUCUGGCUGUACCAUUUUAAUUUAUUAAGGUAUGUCUAUACCAUACCGGAAAACUCUUAAGAACGAUUAUUUUGGAUCAGUUUCUUUAACGGUGCAAUUACAAAACUGCGCCGCGCCGAUCUUGAAAGUGAAUCGUUACAUAUCCGAUAUGUUUCUGAGACAUUCUUUGUGGCAGUGUGAAGAGUUGCAGGAUACGAUCCGUUAUAGUGAAGACCUCGGNCCCCCCAAACUUUUUUCGGCCCUUCAGGCCUCAGUUGAGCUAAAAAUUGAGGGGGGGGGAGGGUGGCCCCCCGGGCCCCUCCCCUGGAUCCGCUACUGUGACAAGACUACCACUUUCUAAUGAAAGGUAAGGGGUACACUUUCUCUCACAAACUAAGAGGGUAUGUGGUUGGAACAUGGGGUGAAGCCUCCCCAUGACUUUAUGACUUAUCGUCCAACUAAAUUGAUCAAAUGUUUACAUCCAUUGUCUAAUUGCGAGUCUCUUCUUUUUUCAGAUGUUGGCUGGGUUGCUGUCUUAUUCCAUUCUGCAUCGAUACGUGUAAAGAUGUUAUUCACACAUGCCCAAACUGCAGAGCACCGCUGGGAAAGUUUAACAGACUUUGUUGA